AUCACGCGACCCCCAUCUCGUUUUCCUCGCGCACGUAUCCACAACUACACAAGUCACUGGGGUAGAGAGAGAGACAGACCGGGUCAGAUGGCGAGCGAGCGCAAUGGCGAUGGAGGCGAGAAGCGGGCGGAGAAUGGCGGCGGCGGCGUGGAGAUGCCGGAGAUCAGGUACACCAAGCUCUUCAUCAACGGGAGCUUCGUCGACGCCGUAUCAGGUAAGACGUUCGAGACUAGGGAUCCGCGCACGGGGGAUGCGAUAGCGAGCAUCGCUGAAGGUGACAAGGAGGACGUGGACUUGGCGGUGAGGGCGGCAAGGGAAGCCUUCGAUCACGGCAAAUGGCCACGCAUGUCCGGAUCCGAAAGAGGAAAGAUCAUGACGAAGUACGCGGACCUGCUGGAGCAGCACGCGGAGGAGCUGACGAAGCUGGAGAGCCUGGACGCCGGCAAGCUGGUCGUCGUCACCAGGGCGGUCGACAUCGGCGCCUCCGUCGGCACGCUGCGCUACUUCGCCGGCGCCGCCGACAAGAUCCAUGGGGAGACGCUCAAGAUGUCGAGGCAGUUCCAGGGCCACACCCUGCGGGAGCCCAUGGGCGUGGCCGGGCUCAUCAUCCCCUGGAACUUCCCUUCCAUCAUGUUCUUCACCAAGGUCGCCCCCGCGCUGGCCGCCGGCUGCACCAUGGUCGUCAAGCCCGCCGAGCAGACCCCGCUCAGCGCCCUCUACGUUGCUCACUUGGCCAAGCAGGCAGGAGUCCCAGAUGGGGUGAUCAAUGUGGUCACAGGAUUUGGUCCAACGGCGGGAGCAGCAAUCGCGUCUCACAUGGACGUCGACAUGGUCAGUUUCACGGGCUCAACGGCAGUUGGGCGGCUCGUAAUGGAGGCCUCGGCAAGGAGCAACCUGAAGCCGGUGUCCCUCGAGCUGGGCGGCAAAUCCCCGCUCAUCAUCUUCGACGACGCGGACGUGGACAUGGCCGUCGAUCUCGCCAUUGGCGCGAACUUCUUCAACAAGGGAGAAGCUUGCGUCGCGGCGAGCCGCGUGUACCUGCAAGAAGGAAUCUACGACCGGUUCGAGAAAAAGCUAGCGGACAGCCUGAAGAAUUGGGUGGUGGGUGACCCUUUUGAUCCUCGCGUCAAUCAAGGGCCUCAGGUGGACAAGGCUCAGUACGAGAGGGUGCUCAGCUACAUCGAACAUGGCAAGAGAGAAGGGGCGACCGUGCUGACAGGAGGCAAGCCCUGUGGUCAGAAAGGUUACUACAUCGACCCUACGGUUUUCACCGAUGUUAAGGAUGACAUGAUCAUAGCUAAGGAGGAGAUCUUUGGACCCGUCAUGUGCCUGAUGAAGUUCAGGACGGUUGAGGAGGUGAUCGCGAAGGCAAACGACACGAGGUACGGGCUGGCGGCCGGGGUGGUGACCAAGGACAUCGACGUGGCCAACAGGAUGACGCGGUCGAUCCGGGCCGGGGUGGUGUGGGUGAACUGCUACUUCGCCAUGGACGCCGACUGCCCCUUCGGGGGCCGCAAGAUGAGCGGGUACGGAAAGGACGCCAGCAUGCACGCCCUCGACAAGUUCCUCGCCGUCAAGUCCGUCGUCACACCCGUCUAUGACUCGCCGUGGCUCUAGCCUGUUGUAGCUUUGCAUCUGUACAACGCUGUUAAUCUGUUUGUUUAUGCCGAAUUGCCGAUCGAAGUAAUAAUAGUACUUGCAACCUUUAAUUUGGCGUGUCACGUGUAUGUGGCCGAGCAGAAUUGUUAGGAGAAUCGCAACGUGUGGCAAUGGCCAACGAAA